AUGGCUAUGUCGACCAACGCCAUCCAGGCCCAAGAGGCCCAGAAACCAGAGAACACGGCCAACACUACCAACACUACCGCCGCCGCGCCCAGGAAGCGCAGAAGAAGAGCGCCUGCCACCGGUGCCAGUGAAGAUUGCUUUGCCUGCAGAAAACGUGGAGCAAAGUGCGAUCGUCGACGGCCAUAUUGCGGGCAAUGCAUCGAGCUCGGCAAAGAAUGCUCAGGAUACCGAACCACCUUGACCUGGGGAGUAGGAGUCGCCAGCCGCGGAAAGCUUCGAGGCAUGUCUUUACCCGUAGCCAAAUCAUCUACGCAGAACGCUAGCACCACACGCGACUCCAAAACGCAGACUACCACCGCCACUGUUGCCAAUGCAACUGCGACCGCCGCAAAGCAAAGUCCAACCAGACUAGAGACCCGGGGAAGCAUCGACUAUGGCGUUCAUUCUCCAAGGAGCCCCACAAGCCCACAUGCUUUCUCCGGCCCCCAAGAGUAUCAUUAUUUCGGUCCUACAAGCCCCAUUCCAAUACCGUCUCCCACCACGCCAAUGGGUUUCGCCGUUCCCGGUUAUGGGGAGCACGUGGAUCCAUUUCAUCCGCAUUCAUCCAAAUUGCGUCGACCUCAUCUGAGCCAGGGUCCUCUGCAAAGACUCCACACAUCCCUUGCUGUUCCUUACGAGGAUAAUGGCCUUUCAGCGUCGUCAGCUUCCCUUGGUAGCUACGGCGAGAGCGAUUUCCCUUCCCCUGGCGAAUAUCCUCGUACCCCUGCCGAUGAGUAUCCAUUCAUGGACUCCUCUUCUGUUCCUCGAUUUUCGAACGUCUCGUAUCACGACCAACAUUCCAUGCAUGCCAUGGAUCAUAUCCGAUAUCAUCACUCGAAUCAACAUGCGCUACCCAUCGCCGACGAUGUUAGCUCCAGUAUCAGCUCUGAUCAGAGCGUGCAAGAUUUCAACGAGGUCAGCUCUGCUCAGCAGAGCAUGGGCCCACCAGCUUUUCCAGACAUCUUUAUUGAGGGAGAAAUGAGUUCAAGUCUGGGCGGAUUGUCUCAUCCUGGUUUCUCCUAUCUCCCCACGGAGGGUACGUCUUCUUAUGGUUCUGGCCCCUUGUCAUUUGACGAACUCGCGCUCACCACUUUCAUUCCUCAGAGUCUUACCACCGUUUCCCACCUUUCCCCGCGGAUGCUAUACCUGCUGGACUACUACGACAAGUUUAUAUCCCGGGUUCUCGUGGCUGGUGAUGGCCCGACCAACCCGUACCGGACGCACGUAAUGCCCCUUGCGAUGAGAAGCGACGGCCUCCGGAACGCCAUUGCAGCGCUAGCCACCAACAACCUGCGCAUGCGUGGUGGUAUUGAAGGACGGCGGCUAAGCUAUGCUCAAGACUACGGACUACUGCCGGAGCACGCGUUUUCCCAGAUGACGACGUGGGAACUGCGUGAGAUGCACGGCGAGCCGUCAGACGAGGAAAAGCAUUACAAGGCCGAGUCUAUCAGCCUACUCAACCAGAAGCUGGUCGACCCGCAGGGCGCGCAAGACGACAGUGUUCUUGCAACUCUCCUCAUCCUCUGCCUCUUCCACGUCUGCGACUCGGGCUUCACCAAGUUCAGAACGCAAUUGGCAGGCGUACAAAAGCUAUUGAGCAUGCGCGGCAGGACAGUGCGCUCAGAUUUCAUUGAUUGGAUUGAAUUUUUCUUUACUUGGUUUGACGUCCUUACGAGCGCGGUUAAUGAUCGGGAAAUGGAGGUUCAGGGCGAUUCCCUAGAUAUGAUGAAUCUUACAGCAAACUUGGGAGCAUCGGAGCAUCUUUCAGGGUGCGAGGGGCGUCUGUUCAAACUCAUUGCUAGACUUGGUAGACUGAAUCUGCUGAGUCAAAAUCGUCCAGUUCGAGAAAAUGACACUACACCACGGGCUUCACCGCGGCUGAAACAGAGAGACACGUAUUCGUUCACGUUCAACAACAUCGACGGCAACGGAUGGCGGCCUACCGUUCGCGAAACAGGGAGUUCCAUGAGCUCCGAUACCGAGGAUCAGCGCUUGGAGUUCUGGGAGGAAUGGCACGACGUCCGCGUCCGACUCCAGGAGUGGGAGUUUGAGCAUUCCAUCGGACAUGCUCAAUCGGGCGUGCCUGGGCUAGCUCUCUCCCCUGCAGACACGGCAAUGCUUCACAUGAGCGAAAGCUUCCGAUAUGCGGCACUUUUGUAUACCGAACGCCUAGCGCAUCCUACGCUGUCCUCCUGUGCGCUCAAUUUCCAGAGCCUCGUUUCGCAGGGCCUCUUCCACAUCUCGCAGAUCGGAGUCACCAGCUGCGUCAACAAGUUCUUGCUCUGGCCUUUGUUCCUCAUUGGCACCGAGUGCGUGGAAAGCGAACACCGCGCUAUCGUGCGACAGCGGUGUGUUGAGAUCCAGCGCGAGAGCGGCUUCUUCAACAACUUGAGUGGCCUUGAGGUGCUUGAGAAGGUCUGGCAAGAGGACACGGAGCGCGACGAUGCAGACACUCAGCCUCACUGGCAGGGGCCCAUUGGCGCACCGCAGCAGGCGUUCAAGUGGAGGAAAGCUAUGGACCGCGUUGACGGGGAGUACAUUGUGAUCUGA